AUGCCCAUGGGCAGUUAUGGAACGUUACAAGCUCUUCACCAGAUCAAACAGAUGUUGUCCCAGAUGCACUCCAUUAAAACUGACCAAUCAGAAAGCAAGAAUAUAUAUGCCUUUGAGAUCCUGCUCACCUACCUGGCCCUACAGGUGUUUUGUGACCCACAGAACUGCCUCGAUGUCAUUCAGGACAGUUUGUCUUGUUGUGAGAAUGCUGUUAAAAAGAGGGUGAAAUCUUCAGAAGAUGAGCCGGACUGGUUGGACGUCUUGCUCGAUGUCCUCAUUGCUAUGAUGACCCAUCCUUCCAAACUGUCUCGUGCCAUAGCGACCAGCAUCUUCUCAGCCGUUACUGACCACAUCACACCUCUGUCCCUUGGUCUUCUUACAGAGAUUCUGAUGAAGAAAACAACUGAUAUGGCUAACGAUGAAGAUUUUAUGUUUGGUGACGAAGAAGGUGAGUCUGAAGAGGAGGAUGUAGAGAUGUCUGAAAAAGGUGCCGAUGACGACGAGGAUGAAGAGGAGGAGGAGGAAGAGGAUGAUGAUGAUGAGGAGGAGGAGGAGGAUAAAGAUGGCAAUGCAGCAGAGACCAAUAUGGAGGUCGAUGAGGAUUUCCGCCAGAAAGUGAAAAAUGCCCUGGGGGAUGCUGCAGAUAAUACGGAUGAUUCCGAAGAAGAACUGUCGGAUCUCAGUGACAGCGAGAUGAUCAAACACGAUGCUGCACUCGCUGCGGCAUUUCGCAGUCGCAACCGAAGCGAAAUCAAGAAAGUAUCAAAUGACAAGAAACAGCAACUGAUAACCUUGAAGAUCCGGUUACUCGAUUUCAUCGAAGUCCUCAUCAAACAGAAUCACAAAGCAGAAAUAGUGACGCUCUUAUUUCGGCCCCUUCUGGAACUACGGGAUUCCAGUGAACGUAACAGAAUUGAAGUGACCCUUGGAGAGAAGGCCAUCCGUCUGUAUCGACAGUUGUACAAAAGCAAGCACCCAGUGUUGGUCUCAUAGUGGACGUGUCUGAUGGGAUCUACUUCUUGAGUAAACUGUUGCUGAAUAAAAACAGUCAAAGUGCAAAACCAGAAACUGAGAAAAAGAUCCAUAAAGGGCUCCUCGAAAUCUUCCAACCCAGUUUAAAAGGUUUCUUAGACAACCAAGGGUACCAGAAUUUCUUUUGUUUUUACCAGAACCUCAUUGUGAAACUUCCAGUAAGUGAAUCACUAUUACUACUACUACUACUACUUCUAAG